AUGACACCAUUUGAAGGUGGGGCGUUGAUUUUAUUCCCCACACUUACUUCUCCCCACAUUUCAAAACGAACAAUCCCUGCCACUCAUUUCCGUGAGGUCAGGGUGGACCUAGCCAGCGGGGAACGGCUUGACGAAUCGAAAUUGAUCGGGAAGCGUUUGUAUAUCGACGGCACGCUAAUAAACGCCUGUGAGAAGGCGUGCCUUGCAGAUAGGGGUGAGCAGGAUGUGAUUAAUCGAUUGGAGUUGCCGGAGAAUGCGGCUGUUGUGGUUGAGGCAUGGACUUAUGGGACGGAUAGGAUGCGGGAUAUGUCGAAGCGGCUGGUUAUGGUGCGGGUUAAGAAGUUUGACAGGUCAAAGAUUCAUGACACCAGCGAAUAUCAUUCUGACCUUGUCUCCGAUAAUUAUCGCACGGGGAAUGCUGUGGUGACCCGCUCCCGAAUCCUAGUUUUACGGGCCGUCGUCACUGGGCGAUUCAGUCCCUUACAGGACCCUGUGGCGCCGGGUGUUCUGACUCCCUACCACCAGCACCUAUUCUCCCUGCGCAUUGAUCCAACCAUAGACGGGUACGAGAACACCCAUGUUGUCGAGGACUCCAUUCCCAUGCCUCUAAACAACCCCGAAAUCCACAACUCAUUCGGUUUCGGCUACAUCACUUACCCAAAUAACCGCCCAAGCCGAAAGCGAAUUGGACACGGACAUCACCAGGCAAUGGGCCCGUCGGAUAUAAGUUUGUCCCACAUUAUUCGCAGAUGUUGCUCGCGCACCCGAUGUCACUACACGCCAAGAGAUCGGAGUUUUGCUCGCACCCGCCCUGGGUUCCUAGAUACAGUGAUCGGGAGCUGUACAGUUCCAGCGAUCAUACGAAGUAGUUGCUUGGUGGGGUUUGGGAUUGCGUCCUGGAUUAAAUACCAUGCAUCAGAUGAAUCAGCCGCCAAUGUGCGGAAUCAGGAUAUUGUGCUUUGGACGUUUGGCACGACACACAAUUCGCGCAUUGAGGAUUGGCCGGUUAUGCCAGCUGAGAAGAUGCUUGUGUCAUUGAAGCCAGUGAAGUUCUUUACGGGAAAUCUGGUAGUUGAUGUACCGAUCAGUACGCAGGAGCAGAAUAUGAGAGUUCUUGUUGAUGUUGGGGCCCAGAAGUGUUGCGCUCCGGAUGGCGUGGAGGGAGAGAAGGCGGGAAAAGGAUAA